ACUCUGUCACAUGCCCUGAGUCUGUCUCUCCUGUAGAGCUCUGUGGACUUUAUAAGUCACCUAUACAGCUGGGAUCAUGGGAGACAGAGCCAGGACACCUACCCUCACUGCCCUUCUCUGCCUUGGGCUGUGUUGGGGCCCAUGUGACCAGGUACAGGCAGGAGCUGCCCCAAAACCCUCCAUCUGGGCUGACCCAGGCCCCAUGGUAAGCAGGGGGAGCCCUAUGACCAUCUGGUGUCAGGGAUCUCUGCAGGCUGAUGUCUACCAUCUCUAUAAAGACAGGGUCUCUAAACCCUUGGAUACAGAGGCCCCACAGAACUCCAGCAAAAAGGCUGGUUUCUCCAUUGAAUCUAUGAGCACACAUACUGCAGGGCUGUAUCAGUGUGCAUAUCACAGCAGGAGGAAGGGCUGGUCGGAGCACAGUGACCCCCUGCUUCUGGUGGUGACAGGAGUAUACCCUGCACCUUCCCUCUCAGCCCACCCAGGCCAUGUGGUGACUUCAGGAGGGAAUGUGUCCCUCUCAUGUAGCUCAGAGGUCACAGGGGACACUUUCUAUCUGCUGAAGGAAGGAGGAGCUGGCCCACCCAGACAGAUGCAAUCGAGGACCUUUCGUGGGAGGUGGCAGGCUGUCUUCUCUGUGGGUCCCGUGAACGCCUCCCAUGGAGGGACCUAUAGAUGCUAUUAUAAUUCCAGCUCCUACCCCCAUACGUGGUCAUACCCCAGCAACCCUCUACCUCUUGAGGUCACAGGCGUGUAUAGGGAGCCCUCCCUCUCAGCCCAGCCUGGCUCGCUGGUGUUCUCAGGAGACAACCUGACCCUCCAGUGUCGCUCAGGAGCUGGCUUUGACAUAUUUGCUCUGACCAAGGAUGAGGGGCUCACAUUCCCCCAGCAUCUUCAUGGGCAGCACAGCCCCUACUUCCCCCUCGGCCAUGUGAGCCACACCCAUGGGGGCCAGUACAGAUGCUACAGUGGACACAACCUCUCCCAUGCAUGGUCGGCUCCCAGCGACCCCCUGGACAUCUUGAUUGUGGGGAUGUAUGAGAAACCCUCCAUCUCAGCCCAGCCAGGGCCCUCAGUGUCCUGGGGAGAGAAGGUGACUCUGCAGUGUCGCUCUGAGAUCUCGUUGGAUAGAUUCCAUCUGUCCAAGGAGGGGUCACCUGCUGCUCCCCAGCUCCUUCGUCUGCAGGACGCAGCUGCUCCCUUUCAGGCCAGCUUCACCAUCGGUCCUGUGACCUCAAACCACGAGGGAAACUACACAUGCUACAGUUCAGACAGCACCUUCCCCUAUCUGUUGUCACUCCCCAGUGACACUCUGGAGCUCCUAGUCUCAGAAGGUGCCAAGUGGGCAGAAGGAAGGUCUUGUGGUGGCCACAGGACAGAUGCUGGAGAAGAGUUUGAGUGAGGUGGGGACUCCAGAGUCAGUGCCAGCCUCCCACCUACAGGGUCCAUCUCAACAAUUGGUGAGUCACCGAAGCCCCUUUGCUCUAAGGGAGCACAAACCACCCAGGGCAGUUCUGAGAGUCUUUGAGAGGAUGUGAUGCCCCCUCAGAUGCUCAAGGACAGGCUUGUCUCCAAGGGAAGCAGGGAGUUGGACAUAAAUGCAGGGAGGGUGCACAGCACUCCAUGUGUUCUGAUGCUGAGUGGACAACUGUUGGGGAGAUCACCCAGAGGGAGACCUUUGGGACCAAGUCUGGGGGAGCGGUAGCUGGGAUGAAGAGAGGAGGAAGACGGCCCCACCCCCUCACCUCUCCCAUCCUUUCUUUAUGAUAUGUGAGUAGGAUCCACUGGGGGGACUGUCUCAGUGCUCUCUGAGAUAGUGACUUUGGAAAGGUCCCUGGUCCCAGAACUCCUGGUCUCAGGUGAGGAACCCCUGUCCUUGUCCUUUCUGAGCUCAGAAGGUCUUCUCUGGGUCCCAUCCACAGGAAAGUCUGAGACAUGAGGGAAUAAUUAGAGCACAGAGCAUGUUCCACAGAUGGGUCCAGCCCAUGAAAGCAUAGAAAUAGAUGGGAACCUCUAACACUUGAGACACCCCAUCCCUGUAGUUGCGGACAGGGCUGAGGAAGGGAGAGGGAUGGGAUGACACUUGGUGAACCUAAGAGGAAAUGAGAUUACACUAAAGUUACAAGGCAGAGGCCCCCACCCACUGACUUCCUGGUGUCUCCAUCUCAGAACCACAGCAUUGCUACUCACCAGGAGGCAGGAGCAGGGGCAGAUCCUACAGAGGUGUUCAGUCUAGGAGGUGGGGUGAGAGGGACCCCUGGGAGGUGAGGUUGAAUCUGCAUGGGCUCAGCUCUCCUGUGAGGUUGAACUUAUGAGAAAGCCUUUUUCCAUCUUUCUAAGGGGGAGCUAAUAGUGUAGUUAACAAUGAUAUUGGUUUAGUGAUAUUAACUUUAUAUGCUAACAAAUUACUAUAGAUUCUCCUCCUCUCAAUUGUUUUCCAAUUGAUCUCCUCUCAUUUACUGAUAAUACCUAUAUCAGCCUCAAUACAAUUGAAAUUUCACUUCUUUAUUUCCAGAUUGUGUACCCAUUUUAUUUUCAUAAAAUAUAAUAUGACAAUGAUUAAAAAGUAAAAAAGUGAAACCUGAGUGUCACUUUAAGAACUGAAUUUUUAGCUUGAAUUAUUUUAAAACAGACACAUCAAAAAUCUAUAUUUUUUGUAUACAUAAUUCUAUUGUCCAAUCCAUGUCAGUUCAUUUUUCUGUUACACUGAGGUUUUAUUAGGAAAAAAUAUUCUUUUCUUAAUAUAAAUUAGACAUUUUUUCUGUACUUUUGUACAUCUCCUGAAUUUUUUGUCUUUAAUUUUUACCACGGUGAAAUACACUUAAAAGACGUGUUAGUAUCAACCAUUUAGAUCUUAAUUACACUGAGUGACAUUUAUUGUUAACUCACCCUUUCUGAUUUGUAUAAGCUUAUCUAGAAUUUUUACAUGAAGAUGUAUAGUUAGAAUUGACCUGUAAUUUUUAAAAAUCUUUUUUAUGUUAAAACUGGUUAAAAUAGAUUUGCAGGAUUAUCUAUUUUUUUGUGCUCACACAAUUUUAUAAUACCACUGAUUUUCUCUGUUCCUUAAGGCUUUGAAGAUCAGAACUAUAGACUUACUUGGUUCUUGCUAUAGGAUAUGGAGAGGGUAGAGGUUAUCUUUUUAUUCAUUCAUCCAUUUAGUGUUUAUUGAGUGCCAUUAACCAUUAUGUGAAUUCAAUUUCAAAGAAUCUGGGAAAUUCAGACAAUCUUGUAACCCACAUUCAUACCCAGGAUUUUAGUGUGAAAAAGUUCAAAUAAAAAAUCAAAUGACAAGUCUCCUCUCCUUGAAAUCUUAUAGACAUUUCCAGAGUUCUUCCAAAGACACACACAGAGAGAAUGAUGAUGAUGAUGAUGAUUACAGUGAUGAUGAUGAUGACAGUGACGGAGCUUCCCUCAAUUGUCUUGUUCUUUCUGGUCUGUCUCAAAUACACAAACUCCACCCCCAAUUCUCAGCUUAUUCUCCUCUGGACCCUUCCUACAUCCCACAGAGAUGACCUUAAUCCUCAUUGAAGAACAGAGUGAGGUCUUUCUGGGGAUCUGCGUUCCUGUAGCCUGUGACACAUCCUGUCUGGGUCUUCAUGUGGCUUUUCUCAGGCUCCUUAUCCUAUUUAGGAUUCAACUUAGAUGUCAUCUCCAAGUGUGACCUUCACUGUGA